UGACAGGGGCACGUGCGGGCCUGCCCACUAUCGCUAUCGCUCGGCGGCCGAUUCCAUCAUCCUCAAUAAACAUCUCCCCUAGUCGCGCCCCUUCCCCAGGAGUCACCGCCUGCACCAUACAUACAUACAUACAUAAUCGAGACUGCAUCUUUUGCUGCUGCUGCCCGCCGCCAAUCCAUCGGAGUUUUGUCUGCCAUUGCCCGCAUUAAGCUGAAAAGAGGCUGCAACGGAGAAAAAGAGAGUGCUUCAGGAGCUGCUCGUUUCAUUGCCCCUUUUGCUUCCUAGCUGACUGUCAAGUGUGCCAUACGUGACCCGUGCAUCGGAGUGGACAACAUAUCGACGUGGCAUUCCAGCCCGUGUCCAAGUGGUGCGACAGACUACAUCCCUUCAUCAUUCCAGGUCCCCAUCCCUUCCUACUGCCCAGUCGAGUAUCGACUCAGUCAUGGUCCACGACAUCGAACACCCGUCAUCUACAGCCACGCCUGCUGUUGACGGCCUGAAACCUUCGUCGACUGCAAUGGCCCCAAUCGAAACCGAGGAGGGGAGUCGCCCGACUGACGAUGCUGCUCUUCGACCGUUCCACCUGGACAUCCCUGUAACCUUAUUAGCACAGAGCUCGGAUACCGUGUCUCCACUACCGGCGAAGCAAUAUCCUUCGCACCAGUCCCUCCACCGUCGGUCAAACACCGAGAUUAUACAGCGGCACGCCCCUCUUCCCUCUCGAAAGCUUUUCUCCGACCAGUCAAAGACAUUCGAAGACCUCGACAGCGCGAAACUUCGUCCCACCCCCCCGACCGAGAACACCGCUCGCCGCCGACUCGAAGAAGGUGCGAAACGAUUAUCAGGCUGGUUCCAGGGCAAAUCGCAGCCUGUAAACCUGGGUGUAGGAUAUCAGCCCGAAGACCCGGACGACGAAGAGGACGCCAUGGAGCGACGAGGUGCUCGUGAGCCGCACGUGAUGCCAAUCGCUCCGACCGGCCUCACGAGCCGAGCACAGAAGCGGAUGACGGCACCCUCGCCCUUGAAGCAGGUCACUUCGUCGAGUCCAUUCUCGUUCUUCGGAUUGAAACGCCAAGGCGAAGCUAGACUCGAGCUCCCUGAACCCGCGCAUGAUGAAUUUUUGAACCUUGACAUCAAUGCCGCUCUAUUUCCCCCUGGGUUCAGCAACCUAGAAGGCCGAGAUGCUUUCGACGCAUUACGGAGCAAUGCAGAUACCAUUCUUAGACGGCUGCAAGUGGCUUAUAAGCAACGAACAUUCGCCCUGCACGAAGUUUUGGCCGACAAGAGCGAAAAGCAAGAGGAACUAGAAAUAACAAGAACACGCAUAGGGAAUCUGAAAAUACAACUGGAUGGCAUGGCGGAGAAGGUCAUCCAGCAGGAAAAAGCCAUGAAGGCCAUGGCAGAGGAGUUGGAGCAGGAAAGGCAGCUGCGUCGCAAGGAGGAAGAGGCCCGCCGUCGCAGUAUUAUGCUCGUCAGAUCGAGUGACGACGAAGACAGCACCUCAGACCUCGGGGCGGAGCUUCAAACACCCAAGCGAAGCAUGAAACGGGCCAGCAAUGGCACUUUCACAAGCGACUCUGGAUUUGACUCGGGGGAAGAAAGUCUCGCGGAGAGUGUCUUUUCUCGUCGCGAAGUGCUGGAAUCACCAGCUUCAACCGUUGCGCCAUCUCCAAACAUCUCGCAAGUCACUUUGUCGACCCCUACAUCAGCGCCUGUAAAGUCCAGUCCGAACAAAGAGCUGAAACCUGCUCCGACCCAAUCAGCACGCCAAUCGACUUACGAUCGGGUCAUCAAGGGUCUCACGCCCAAGGGAAUUACUAGCUGGAACAACUCGUCCAAGUGCAACAUUUGCCACGGUGUUCCUUCCUCCGAAGCUUGGAGCGUCCUGGGCAUCCUCAAGGAAGAGAAUAGAGGCCUGAAGGAAAGGUUGGGUGAGUUGGAGAAUGUGGUAGAUGACUGUUUAUGUUUGAUAGGCCCAUGAUCAUCUGCUCUUUCGUGGUCCUCUCUGGGGAACUUGCCUUAGUCCGGGGUAUAUUUUCGGCGAACGUACAUGAUGGGAACACACAUGGCGAAACGCAGCUGCUUGCUCGUUACUGGAUAGUUGGGAGGACUGGAUUUACUAGAUGUACUUUACUAUGUGCUUUACUAUGAUACCUUGCGACCGCAAUCGUGCUGCGACUGGAAGGUUUACACAAUACCCUGUGUUUAAAGAUAGAUAACGAAUUCCAUAUAUAGCAACAACUCAAUGAAAU